AUGAACCGGCACGGUCUCCGGGUCGCCCUCAGGCGCUCCACACCCUCCACAAUCGCCCGCGCCUUGCAACUCCCAAUCAGCACGACAACUCCGAUAUCCUUCUUCUCAACCACGACCUCCCUCCCGGCAGGCGACGACAGCAACAGCAAUGGCAGCGCAGGGCUUCGCUCACAAUCCGCCGCGGCGGUCGAGAAACUAGCCCAGCUCAACAAGCAGCGCCAGAACACCACCAGUCCAGACGGCCGUGACGGGUUCAGCCGGAGCAGGCCGACGCAACUCGGGAGCAGCCGCAGCGUCUUCCGCAACAGCGGAAACGGCGGCGUCGACGCUCGCUCACUUCGCGUUUCACCCGCAGCAACGGCCGAAACGGGUUCGUCUUCGCCCGCUCCCAAGAUUCUCAACUGGUCGCGCGAGGAGCAGGCCGUGCUCGACCGGUUGGAGAAGGGCGAGGUGGUGCCGUUCGACCCCAAUGUGACGCUCGACUCGCUGAGCGGGUACGGCGCGGCGGUCGCCACGGACGCGCCCAUCGGCCAGGUCGAGACGGCGCUGCGGGCCAUGAGGCUCAUGACGGGCGGCAUGGCCUUCAACUCGGACUCAGGCGUCACGGCCGACCUCACCGACAUCAAGAAGCGGUACCUUAAGAAGAUGCCCAUUUUCGUGCACAGCAAGAAGGAGAAGGCGUGGAUCGAGAGCAGCAAUCCUAAGCUUCACCUUGUCGGGCCCGACGCCGCAACCAAGAAGGCGAUUGUCGAUACUGCUAUCCUUGGAAAGUACGAGGCGGCUGGAUAUGCCGAGAUCAGCGACGUCAGGGGUACCAUCGCCAACUACCACGCGCGGACCUUCACAUACAUGGCGUCAGACUCGCAAAAAUUCAUGGCUAAGGUGCUUUCGCUGCUGCCUGCGCAGGGGGCCAGUAAAGCCGCUGCUCAGGCCAAGCGCUGA